CUCGUCCGAUAGAAAACGCUCUCGUCCUAAUUGACUCCUCCAAACAACACAAAUACUUCUACCUUCUAAUCGACCUGGCACGAGCCAUAUAUUCAGAUAAACAAUCUCAACCCAUACGAAUGCGAGUUUAAUUGGCAGCUGUUCCACAAUCAAUAUGUCCACCUACGAAGUGGAACAUAACACUACCGACCCCUCAGCUCCGUCAGCCCUCCCCCGCCGCCACAGACCAGACCUAUCCACCUUCUUCGCGACGCUCUCCGAAAUCACCCCGCAGCCCGACGCGCAGCGCACCCGGCCACAUGCUGUCCCUGUUCCCGGCGACGUCAGCGCGGCGUUCUACUCGCUCGCUGAAGCUUUUGAGGUGAUGCGGCGAGAGGGCGGGGGAGUAGGUAUCCUCGACGGUAGUGGAGGUUCAGGUGAAGCAGGAGAUGCUGUCUCAAGCGAUCUCUUGACGCAGAUGAUUCAGUCGUUACUUCAGAAUGCGGACAUGCCGCCUAAAGAGGUGGAAGGCGUGAGUGAAGAAUUCUGCGAUAUGCUCGAUCGUGUCCCCCGCACCAAGUUGACUCAGUCUCAAACAUGUCCGAUCUGUAAUAAUCCCUUCCUGGACGAUAAAUAUGCGCUUGUCGUCCGGCUGCCGUGCCAUCCCACCCAUCUGUUCGAUCUGGAGUGCGUGCGGCCGUGGCUGCGGUUGCGUGGGACAUGUCCGUUGGACAGACACGAUUUCGGCAAGCAGGAGUGCGAGAAGGAACAGGCGCGGAGGAAGAAGCCCGUGGAUGAUGACGAGGAGGAGUGGGAUGGGCUGUACGGCUGAUGAUUUAAAAUUACAUUUCAAGC